AUGCAUGAUCAUAAUACAGCUAAAUUUAUUGAAUGUAUUCAAACAUCACAUGAUAUUUGUGGUGCAAAUAAUUUAAUUGCUAUAAAAGUUACUGCUUUAAUUCGGCCAAAUGUAUUAAAAAAAUUGAAUACAAUACUAAACUCUAUGAAAAAUCGUUCGUCAUUGCCACCAUUAUUUGAAUUAAUCAACCAAGAACAAACAAAUAAUAAAAUAGCUGUUCUUUUUCAAGAUUCUGAUAAUACACCUUUAAUAAAGGAUCAGAACCAAAUAUCUUCAAAUAUUACAUUUAUAUCUGAUGAUUUAACAGAAAUUCAUCAUCUUCUUAUACGUUUAAAUAAAAUAGCCCAAGCAUGUCUUAAACAUCAAAUUUCGAUAAUGGUUGAUGCUGAGCAAACAUAUUUUCAAACUGCAAUUAAUUAUCUUGCAACUGAAUUACAACGAUAUUAUAAUAAAUCAAAUAUACCUGUUAUUUAUGGAACAUAUCAAUGUUAUUUAAAAGAUGCAUUGAAUUGUCUGAAACAUGAUCUUGCUCUAGCAGAAAAAGAAAAUUAUAUAUUUGCAGCUAAACUUGUACGAGGUGCGUAUAUGGAACAAGAAAAUCGUUUAGCUCGAGAAUAUGGAUAUGAAAGUCCAAUAAAUCCAAGUUUUGAAGUCACAUCUCAAAUGUAUCAUACAUGUCUUGAUGAAGUUUUGAAAAAUACUGUUAAACGUAAGACGGAUCAAAUCAGAAUUAUGAUUGCUUCACAUAAUGAAGAUACUAUUCGAUAUGCACUUCAAGAAAUGAAAGAUUAUAAAAUUCGUCAUGAUUCAUCAAUUGUUUCAUUUGCAUCACUUUAUGGAAUGAGUGAUUAUGUUGCUUUCACUUUAGCUAACUCCGGUUAUAUAACAUAUAAAUAUUUACCAUAUGGACCAAUUGAAGCGUUACAACCAUAUUUAUUUCGACGUGCUCAAGAAAAUCGAGCAAUUUUUGAAAAAGCUGAUAAAGAUCGACGUUUUCAUUUGAAAGCAUUUAAAGAUCGAAUAUUUAAAUCUAAAAAUUGA